AUGAGUUCUGAUCAAAUCCCCAGCGAAUACUUUGAUUUAAUUCGAGAUGUCCUGAAGAACAAAGGUGAUGCUACACAGGAACGUCCCUUGAAGAGGAGGAAGCGGAGGAGAGCUGUCACUUCAGAGCUGGAAAGUGGAUACGAGAACCCCCAACCUACUGAAGCUAAAAUUGUGGUUAAUUUGGAUUCGGAUCCCGAGCUCGAGGACAAGCUAGGGGCAUCGAAUACCAUAAGUUUAGUGUCUGAUGGAGAAGUACAACACACUGAGGCUAGCGAGGACGGUGCUGAAUCAGAUGAGGCUUAUGAAUCAGAGGAGUUUGAAGAUGUGUCAGCAGAUGAGAUGCAGAUGCCGUCUGAUAACUUGUCAGUUACCAUUAAUGUGAAUAAAAAAGAUAGUCAGUCCAAGAAGGAGAGUUCAAAAAUUCAGAAGAAUAUGUGUUCCAAUGAAGAUAGAAAGUUUAGGACUCAUAUGCAUUGUUUGUACUUGCUGUGCCUUAUGUGCCAUGGUCAUAUAAUCAAUCACUGGCUAAAUAACUCUAAGAUGAAUCGGAAACUUAGUGGUAUGAUUCCCGAGAAAGUGUUUGAUAUGCUACAUCCGGAGAAAGAUGAAGAGCUACCGCUUAGAAGUACCAGAAAAUUAUUAGAUGGCCUAAAGAAGGCAAUGGAAAUUUGGCAAAAGCAUUGGAGGAUAAUGCAACGCUAUAAAGGUGUGAAUUGUUACAUGCGCUACUGGGAUGAAUUACAAAUUUGUGAUAAAUCCCGUAAAACGCUAACAAAAAAUGAUUUUAUUAAGGGAAUUCUUAAAGGAGUGGGUGAUAGAGAUGUAGCUACACAAGGGUUUGUUGCACUACUCAGGUCAUGUAAUGUGAAUGCCAGAUUAGUUAUGUCCUGCCAACCUCCAGAUUUUACGAAUCUCAAAAAAUCUUAUGGAACCGAGAAGAAAGUGUCUUACGAAGACAUGACAAAAUAUCCUGUAUUUUGGUGCGAAGUCUGGGAUAAAUUCAGCAAGAAAUGGAUUACAAUCGACCCAUUUUGCAAGAAGACCAUUGAACAGGUCAGACUUUCCUCCAAAUUUGAACCUAGAGGUGUAUCACCAUGUAAAAGGAAUGCCAUGAGAUAUGUAAUUGGUUUUGACCGAAAAGAAGGUUGUAGAGAUAUAACUAGAAGAUAUUGUCAGUGGUUUAACUCAAAAACACGAAAGAAACGUAUAACAAAGGAAGCAUUUGGAGAAAGAUGGUACGAGAGAGUUUUAGCUUCUUUGCACAAACGGAAACGUACAAAAAUUGAUGACUAUGAAGAUGCAUAUUUCGACCAACGUAACCAAGAUGAAGGUAUGCCUGAUAAUAUGCAAGAUUUCAAAGGUCAUCCAUAUUAUGUACUAGAGAAAGAUAUACGACAAAAUCAAGUUUUGAAAAGUGGAUGCAAAGAAUGCGGCUACUUAAAACUGCACAACAAAACUAAUCAGGUUCUCAAAGUGUAUUCCAAGAAAGAUAUUAUUGACCUGAAGUCUGCAAAACAGUGGUAUAUGGAAGGUCGAAUACUAAAGACUGGUGCAAGGGCACUUAAAACUGUAGAAAAGAAAAGGGGCCGAUUUACUGACCCUGAAGAACAAGAAGAAGAGCGCCUUUACCAGUUUGAUGACACAGAGCUAUAUGUCGCACCUCUUGCUACCAGAAGUGGAGAAAUUGAAACAAAUACAUUCGGGAACAUAGAAGUUUUUGUACCAUCGAUGAUACCUGCCAAUUGUUGCUUGGUGGAAAGUCCGGUUGCUAUCAAAGCUGCUAGUUUCAUAAGGAUUAAAUUUGCUAAAGCUGUUACGGCUUUUAAGUUUGAAAAAGGCAGAUCUGUGAAACCUUCCAUUACGGGUGUAGUGGUUGCUCUGUGGUUUAGAGACGCCCUGGUUGCAGCCAUUGAUGGCAUCACACAAGCGAAUGCCGAAGAAAAACACAUUGAACAUGAAUUGGAGGCGCUAUCAUACUGGCACAAUCUGAUAACAAAAUUGAGAAUCAAAAACAAACUGAACUCGGAAUAUGGUAAAGUGAACGAGGAGGAAUCAUCAACAGUGGUGUCACAACCUUUAAUUGCAAAUAGGUUUGAUGAAGAAACAAGUAUGACCGAUUCAGGCGAUGAAUUUCCUCAAGGUGGAUUUCUACCCACUGACAUCAAUCACGAUGGAACUAGCCACAAUGAAACUAGCGAUAAUGAAAUCGAAGAACCUGGUGGGUUUGUACCUACAAAUAGUAAUAGCAGUAACGCUAACCCAGAUGCCGACUACCAUGACAAUGAAAUAGUGGGUAACGGCGGCUUCAUAACUACUCGAAAUCAAUCACCAGCAGGUGUUACGGAAUAUGAGGAAAUAAAGGAACCCGGCGAUAACUUGGAACCUGAAGAUAUUGACAACCAGGAGUCACAUCUCGAUGAAGACUAUAAGGACUUUAUGGACGAAUUGGACAUGUCUGAACAAGAUAUGAGUGACUAA